CGGCUCUACGUAGGUCUAUUCAAGCCAGGGCAAGACGAUAAGAGUUAUCAUGAUAAGAAUGCAAAUUUCCUUCUUUCGUUGUCGCCGUGUUUUGACAUGAUAUUUGUUAAACGCCGAUUGGGAAUGACCUGUUUCAUGAAAUGGAGAACAAUGUGUGAUAUGGAAAUAUGUAACAUGGAUCGAUAUGUGUCCAUGUUGACACUGUUUCAUCUGAAAGUGUUGACAUGGUAUUAUGUCCAACAUUGAUUGGUAUUGACAUGUUUCACAAACGGGUGAAGAAUGACGUCUAUGUGUGAGGAAGAAACAACACAGUAAUAUUUAAAGUGCUUGGACUACACGGGAAACUGUUUCAAUUGAAAAUUUUCACUAUCCAUAAUACCUGAAACUGAUAACAGAGGAAGCUGUCAUGACGAUUAGACAAAGGAAUCUCAGACAAGGUACAAUGAGUGUACAGCAGGAAACAGCUCCUCUUAUUGCUUCUAAGCCUGGAAGGAAUACUACAUAUCCAGGCAAGGAUUCCAAGUGUCGCCCUGCCAAGAUCUGCCUUAUUUUCAUCUUGGCGUUGCUGCUCCUUGCCUCCAUCGUAGCUGGCCUCAUCAUCACGUACGCCUGGUUCGAACAUGAUGUCAACCAUGUCUGCCAUGACCAGUGCAGAAUCCAACUGGUGGAGAGCAUUCCGGAGAACCUGACAUUCCCAGCCAAUGAGACAGUCCAUUUGCCCACAGCCGAGGCGUUGAUGGAGCUGAUACUUAGUGCUAAUGAGACCAUUGAAAUUGCGUCUUACUACUGGACACUCCGUACUAACGACGUGCCCGAUCAUGAUAACAGCAGCAGAGUGGGUCAGUUGUUGUUUAACACACUGAUGAAAAUUGGAAAGGAACAGAAGGUGAAGAUAAAGAUUGUACAGAAUAUUGCUGAUAAAUCGCAACCUCAGCAUGAUUCUGAAUAUCUCAAGGAGUAUGCACAUGCAGAGGUUCGCAACCUCAACGUGACCCGUCUGGUGGGGGCAGGGAUCCUUCACACGAAGAUGUGGCUGAUUGACAGGAAGAGCUACUACGUGGGCAGCGCCAACACUGACUGGCGGUCACUCACACAGGUGAAAGAGAUGGGUGUUCUGGUGCAGAACUGUAGCUGUCUGGCGACUGACAUCGGGAAGAUAUUUGAUGCCUACUGGUACCUGGCACAGGACCAGGUGACAAUACCCGGAACCUGGCCAGCGUCAUACAACACCGACAUCAAUGGCCAAACUCCAGAAGUGGUCUCUUACAAUGGUGGCAAUGAUACCCAAGCACUUGUGUACAUGUCAAGUUCACCACCACAGUUCUGUCCUGAGGGGCGCACGGUAGACAUCGAGGCCAUUAUAGCUGUCAUCAGGGCGGCAAGACGAUUUGUGUAUGUGGCUGUCAUGGAUUAUCUGCCCAUGAUUGCAUAUUCUACACCGAGAAAAUUUUGGCCGAUAAUUGACGAUGAGCUACGCUAUGCAGCCAUUAACCGUGGCGUGACAGUCCGGAUGCUGGGGAGUAAGUGGGCCCACACUGACGAGGACAUGCCCACCUUCCUCAGGUCUCUACUGACUGUGAGCGACGUGUGUUGCCCACAUAUCAAGCUGGAAGUGAAAAUGUUUGAGGUCCCAGCAACGCCUGCCCAGGCCAAGAUUCCUUAUGCCCGAGUCAACCACAACAAGUUCAUGGUGACAGACCAGCAUGCCUAUAUAGGUACAUCCAACUGGUACGGUGACUACUUCAAGUACACAGCAGGCAUAGGUUUUGUCCUCACACCCAGCAACAGCAGCAGCAGGGACAUGGGCGACAUCCGCCAGCAACUCGAGGAUGUCUUCCUCCGAGACUGGAACUCCCAGUACUCUAAACCGUUGGAGGGUGUUGCACCGAAGAACUGCUCCGACCCUCGAUGUUGAAGAAGAACAGAAGCAAGCCUAGAAACUGGAUCUCAUGAAGAUGCUAAUAUUUCUCUCUCUCAUCCUUUGUUCACAUGAAGAAUGUAAUUGCAGCUUAGUCUUAUACAGACUCUGAAAGAAAAAUGUCCCAAAAUGCCAAAGCAAGUCUACAUUCUUUGGCACAGCUAGAUAUCAUUUUUAUUCUGUUUUUGAAAAUUAUUACAUUUUCUAGGCUCCUUUCUAUAAACAUGAUUAUGUAUUCAAAGACAAAGUUUAAUUACAACAAAAUCUUUAUAAAAUAUUUGUUUCAGAGACGAAAUUUUUACACUUACCUGUAACUUUCUUCGGUAGUAUUCUCAUGUUUCUAUAUUUCUAAAUGGAACUCUGUGACAUACAGUAAACUACGUUUAUAACAAACACCCUUAUAACAAACUGAUGGAUAUAACAAACACCCUUAUAACAAACUGAUGGAUAUAACA